CUCCUCUCCUUCCCCUUCCUCUAAACCCCCGGCCCUUCAAUUCUUUCCAUUAAUCUCACUCACCUACCCAGCUCACACACCUUAGCUAGUUGGUGACUCCAUUAGCGAGAGCUCCAGCUGAUGAGCAAGCACUCACAACUCACAAGACCGCAAUAUUUUUUUUCCCAAAUUUCUUCCCCAACCUCUCGCCUCCAUCUCCAUGAGUGGCAGCAUUGCCAUCUCCCUACUACACAUCUAGCUAGCCUAGCCUAGCUCGAAGCAUCGAAAGAUCUCUCCUCAUCGUAAAGGAGAGGGCCGGGCCAGGCAAGCUAGAGUGGAGAUAAGAAUGGAGUUGGCGACGAUGGUGACGCUGACGCUGCUGGCCCUGUCGCUGGCGACGCUGGCGCGUGUCCUAGUAGCCCGCGCGCGCAUGCGGCGGUGCUACCUUCUGGACUACGUGUGCUACAAGGGCACCGACGACCGGAAGCUCCCCACGGACCUGUGCGGCGAAAUCAUCCAGCGGAACAAGCUGCUGGGGCUGGAGGAGUACAAGUUCCUGCUCAAGGUGAUCGUCAACUCGGGCAUCGGCGAGGAGACGUACGGGCCCAGGAACAUCAUCGCGGGCGGGGACGCCAGCCCCGACCGCGUCAACGAGGGCAUGGAGGAGAUGGACGAGACCUUCCACGCCGUGCUGGACGAGCUCUUCGCGAGGUCGGCUGCGCCGGGGGGCAUCGGCGUGCGGCCGGAAGACGUGGACUUGCUCGUCGUCAACGUGUCCAUGUUCUCCCCGGCCCCAUCGCUCUCGGCCAGGGUGGUGCGCCGCUACGGGCUCCGGGAGGACGUCAAGGUGUUCAACCUUACAGGAAUGGGGUGCAGCGCCACCCUUAUCGCGCUCGACCUCGCCAACAACUUCUUCAGGACGCACGCGAGCAAGGUGGCGCUGGUGAUGACAUCGGAGUCGAUCGCGCCCAACUGGUACCCGGGCAACAAGCGGUCCUUCAUGCUGGGCAACUGCCUCUUCCGCUCGGGCGGCUGCGCCUACUUCCUGACGAACUCUCCCCGGCUCCGCCCGCACGCCAAGCUCCGGCUCCGCCACGUGGUCCGCACCCACACGGGCGCCUCCGACGAGUCCUACAACUGCGCGCUCCAGAUGGAGGACGACGCCGGCCGCCCGGGGUUCCACCUCGGCAAGGAGCUUCCCCGCGCCGCCGUCGGCGCCUUCGUCAAGAACCUCCGGGUCCUCGCGCCACGCGUGCUCCCGCUCCCGGAACUCCUCCGCCUCGCCUACUCCACGCUCUCCUCCCGCCUCGCACGCCGCAGCAACAACAACAACAACAACAACAACAACACGAAGCCGAAAUCGUCUUCGGCGAUGACGAUCCGGAUGAAGGCCGGGGUGGACCAUUUCUGCGUGCACACUGGGGGAGCGGCGGUGAUCGACGGCGUGGGGAAGGGGCUCACGCUGACGGAGCACGACAUCGAGCCGUCCAGGAUGACGCUGCACAGGUUCGGCAACACGUCCGCCAGCAGCGUCUGGUACGUGCUCUCCUACAUGGAGGCCAAGCGCAGGCUCAAGAGGGGCGACCGCGUGCUCAUGCUCACCUUCGGCGCCGGCUUCAAGUGCAACAGCUGCGUCUGGACCGUCGAGAAGGACGACAUCGCCGAUGCCGGGGUCUGGAAGGACUGCAUCCACGAGUACCCGCCCAAGGAGAUCAGGAACCCCUUCAUGGAGAAGUACGGAUUCGUCAAGGACAUGAUGGCCUUGUGAUUCAUCAUCGCUGCGUAUUCGAUCCUGAUCCAACAACUGCAGGUUCAUUUCUUCAUCAACUCGAGAAUCAAACACACCCGCCGGCAGCUGGAACGAGUAAAGAUAAUUAUUACUCGAUCCGUUGAUUAAGAUAAUUACAAGAAU